AUGAGGAACUGUAAAGGGCCAGAAGGUUGAGAACCACUGGUCUACAGGAAUCCGAUUCCCCCGACUGGUCUUCGCGAGACCGGUCACCAACCCACCCACCCCAGGUCCUUCGCUCCAGAUGAGGCCACCUCGUCUCCUCCCGACUGAGCCGGCAUUGGCGGCUGCCCAGAGAAGCCUUCCCGUCCAGCCUGUCACACUUCCCAUUCCAACCCCCCACAAAUGCUCCUCCAGGGACACCCCUUUCUAGAAAUCCACAGAUGGCUUUGCUGUGAAAGGGGUCUUCCCUGCCUCCCCAACCUCAGGGCCUGAGCUCCGAGAAGGCAGCCAGCCAGCAUUCUCUUGACGUCUUGGUGACAUGCCCAGUGUAUGAAAGCUCACAUUCUCACUUACAUUCCCUCACUGUCUCCUCCCAGGAACCUUAGGAGGCAGGUACUCCUGUACCCAUUUUACAGAUAGGGGGUGUGGGGGGACUCAGAGAAAUUCUGUUUGGCGAAAGUUGAACUCAAGCCCAAGGUUCACCAUGCUUUUAUUCCUCUGACCGUCGACUGAGAGCACUGGUUCUUUCACCCGAGAUAGAGCACAAAAGCAUGCACACAGCUCCUAGGUGUUUAACUAAACCCUCUAUCAUGGUCAAACGGCUGAUAUUUGGGCAUUUUUGUCUACAACAUAAUCUAAUACAGUAGUUCCCAACUGCAGGCGAUGUGAUCCCCAGCCCAGGAGAUACUUGGCAAUGUCCGGAGACAUUUUUGCUUGCUGCAGCCAGGUGGAGGGGUUGCUUUUGGUGGAUGGAGCCAGGGAUGUUGCUAAAUAUCCUAUGAUCUACGAGACAGCUCCCCCCCGCCCCAGCAAAGAGUUAUCCUGGCCCCAGAUGUCAACAGUACCAAGGCUGAGAAAUUCUCCUCUAAUCCCAACCCACUUAAACCCAUGACAGUCCUAUGAGGCAGGCACUGUUAUGUCCAUUUUAUAGAUGAGGAGCCUGAGGCCCAGGGAGGUUCAUGGCUUGUCUGAGGCCACACAGUUGGUAGAUGGCAGAGGUAGGGGUCCAAGCAGGGGACUGUGCUCCAGAGUCCAUGCUCUUAGCCAUUAUCCUAUGGGCCUACCCCUGUGCCCACUCACAAGUUCAUGCUCAGGGAACUGGUGCAGGGAACUGCCUGGUGACCACUGCGCCUGCUCUGUCAGCGUGCGCUCAGCCACUGGUGUGAAUGUGAGAGACUGAAUCCCCUCGGUGCCUCCAGGUCAAGCCCACGAGGGUUACGUGGGUCCGGAUCUGUCACUGAACUCUGCCUGGGAGCUGCUGGGGGUGGGAUGGGCACCGAGGGGCUGCCCCGUCCCACGAUCCCUCCAGUGCUCAGAACACACAGGCCCUGGGUGCUGGUGGUCUCCGGGCGGAUCCCAAGGGUUUGCAGUAGGACAGAGCCUCUCCAGGGGCGCCUGGCAUGCGUUAUUCACUUACUGGUGGGAAUUAAUAAAAAGCCAGACCUCAUCUCAUUGGUGUCUCACCCAAGGGCCUCCCGUUUGGUCUGAUGGGCUAUUUGUUUUCCCUCCUUGUCUUCUUUUAAGUGGCGAGCAGCCGGAGGGGUAGGUGGUCACUAGGAGCUCUGCCGUCAGAAGGGGUCUGUGGGGGGGGACGGAGCUUGGGAGCCCUGCCUUCGGGAGGGGAGCACUCUGGUGAUUGUGUGCAGCCAGCAGUGCAGAUGGUUCUCAUUCACCUGGCCUCCCUUCCUAACCCUCUCCUCCUGAGACAGCUGCUGGGGGAGACACCGCCAGGCGCUGCGCGAAGUGCUGUCCGUGGGCAGUGUUCGGUUAUGCCGUGGGGAGCAGGGCCCCCCACUUCCUCAGUGCUAGGUGGCGCCUCUCCGGCUUCACCGGGAACCGUGCUCAGGAGUGCCGCUGUGUGCCUCCACCCAGGGUGGCCUUCUGUGCCCAGCGCCUUCUCGCUUUGGGGUGGAGGACCCCUGAGUGUUGGGCCAGUCUUUCAACCCAGGCCUCGCUCUAGGUCUGUCUUUCAGGCCUCGUCCAUUGGAGCCUCAGUUCAUUCCCUGUGGGUCUUCCCCCUUCAUCUCCUCUCUGCUUUGUGGUGAGAACUGGCCCCUGCUUAGAGUCCCCUGACUUCGCUGCUCAGGAAGAGCUGGACCCGUCAAACCCAGCCUGGCUUCGCCGCUGAUCUUGAAUUUGCAGGAGCCUUAUGUUAACACGGCUCUCGCACCGGCACGCAGUCAGACUGUAAUGUGUCCCGAGUGAUCGCAUCUGACAAGCUCAGUGCUGCCUGGUGGGGUCCGUUCUGAAGAUAACAAUAUGGUAAAUGUAUCGUAGCGGCGUAUUUUACUCCUUCUGUUGUCUUUUCUUUAUAUUAGUCCUAUCUUGACCUACAUAUUGAUCCUAAAGGGUCCUUAGGUCUGCAGUUGUAGAGACCCAGAAUUGGCUUGACAAAUUUAGGAGGGUUACAAUAGGCUUAUCAUGUCCUGAAGUCUGAGAAUUGGAGGAUCGGAACUGAAAAGGAUGCUAAAGGUAACCUAAUCUAGCCAGUGCAGUGGAGGAUUAAUGGUAAACCUGGGUUUCUGGAGACAGAGUCUUGUCUCUGCCUUGUGUGAGCCACGUGGACAGCGACUCGGUUUCUUCAUCUGUGAAAUGGGGCAGCUCACUUACUCCACAAGAUGCUGUUGAGAAUUAAGUGACUUAGAAUAGCACCCAGUACACAACAUUCAGUAGAAGUCGCUUAAAACCAGGUAUACUACAAUUCACAGGGAGUGGGGAAAGGGUUUGGUCCCUUUCCCACGUGUCUUUGCCCAACCUCCUCUCUUCGUGCCCAUAGAGCUAGCGUGGAACUUCAGGUGUAAGCGAGUUGUUCCUUCUCUCCCCCAGCUUUACUGAGGCAUCAUUGACAAAUAGAAAGGGUGUGUAUUUAAGGUGUACAAUGUGCUGUGUUGAUAGAUGUGUACCUGGUGAAGUGAUGGCCACAAUCCCGCUAGUUAGCACAUCCAUCCCCUCCUAGCGUUCCUUCUGUGUGUGAGACAGCACUGAAGUUCUGCUCUCAGCAAACCCACAGUAUACAACCCGCACUGGUAGCCAGAGUCCCCAUGCCGGGCCUCAGCUCCCCAGCAUCCUUUCAUCCUGCAAAGCUGAAACUUUGUACCCAUUUCCCCCACCUCCCAGCCACCAGUGACCACCAUUCUACUCUCUGCCUCGAAGAGUUUGACUUUUUUUGAUUCCACAUCAGAGUGAGACCGUGCAGUGUUUCUUUCUUUGUCUGUCUUAUUUGACUUAGCAUGCCUUCCAGGUUCAUCCUGUUGUUACAAGGGACAAGAUGUCCUUUUUAAAAGCUGAAUGCUAUUCCAUUGUGCGUGUGUGUGUGUGUGUGUGUGUGUGUGUGUGUGUGUGUGUGUGAGAUUCUACAAGGUCCUGGGCUCCCACCUCGGUAGUGUCUACACAAGGUUGCAAGAAGUUCGCUUCCCUUGGAGUGAAGGGACACAGUGUGAGGAAGAUGUUUCUGAGUCUGAGGGCAUCUAUCAGUAUUUCUCUGGUGCCCACGGAAGACCACUGUGCUGCACGCAAGUUCAUUUACAGACCAAGCAGCUAGUGCCCGACUGGGACCAGGCGCAUGGCCUUCCUCUCACAGACUGCUGUCUGGCUGGGGAGGCAGAGCCUGAGAGUGGAGCCGGUCCCUGCACACGGCUAAUGGGACCCAGACCACAAAGAGUCCCAGGCAGAGGGAGGAAGGGACGCUGUGUUCUGGGGAGGGGGUGUCAGAGGCUGGAGCAGGAGCUUCAAAGGGAGACCCUGCUAUUGCUCAUCCCAUCAGACAAACCGCCAAAGGAAGGAAGCCCCCGGGGUCCAAGCAUUCCAGUUGCCCAGCGGAUCUGUCUGUCUAUCCUGCCAGAGUCAGGACCUGCACAGCUUCCCCAUGGGACACGCUGGGACAUACUGUCCCCACGUGCUGGCCCUGCAGCUGGCCUGAGAGCAUGUCUCUACAGCACCAGCGGCAGCCCCUGGCAAAGCAGACUGCUUUCCCAUGGUCCUGAUAGGAGAGGCGGUCCCCAUAGAUUACAGCGGCCACUUCUGGAAACUUCCACCUUUGCACCGCAGCCCCGUGGCUCAGCUCCCCCUAAUCUCCAAGUUUGGGUUUGCAAUGAGCUCCCUCAACAUUCCAACAGCACCCCCACCCCCAUCACCACCAUGCACCGUGGGUCUCUGCACACUGGAGAUGUGUCCCAGAUGCCAUCCAGAGGCUCUGGAGUGAGCAUAUGGGAGAGGGUCUGCCUGUCUUUCAUCUGGGUGAGAGGGGUUUUAUUUGCGGGGGUGGGGGGGAAGAGUAGGGGGGGAUGGCCAGGGGGGACUUUGAGAAUGAAGAGAGAGGCCCAAUAAAUAGGGUGACUUGACUUUUCAGGUUCUCCAAGUUCCCGUAGGCCUGCUUUAAGGGAGCCCUUGCUCCCCCAAUCUCUGGGUAGAUGCUAAUCUGCUAGAAUAAAGCGCCCAGGGACUCCUGCCAAAGCCCAUGCAGGCGGGCCUCCCGGCCUCUCCCCCUUCCCUCCUACAAAGAUGUUUUUGUUACACUCUUUGCAGGAUGUUGCAAGUCAAGAGUUACACUGCUGCACGGCAAACCCACAAACUCCAGUGAACCUCUCUGUUCCCUGGGGGGAUAGAUACAAAUGGGGGGGCGGGGCAGAAUGGGCGGCAAUGAUGCACCCUGCUGCUGAUCCAUCUCUCUGGCAGGAGAGUUGGGGGGUCAUGUAAAGAACACACGGACUGGGAAAGAAUCCGACACCUCGGCGAGGGGACCGGAGCUGCUUUUCAUUAACGCCCGCCCCUGAGUAAAUCAUUUCCCUUCGGGUCCCUCAGAAGUAAAGGAGCCACGUGGUGCCCUAAUGCCCAGCACCUGGUUAGGAGCCUGGGCGGAGGCUGGCGCAUGGACCGCAGAGGACCAGCGUCCUGGGAGUGGGGUGGGUGGCUCUGAAGCUGAUGGGCGAGCAAAUGUUAUUUGGCCUCCAAACACCUCCCCCCCAGUGGCUGGUCUGACACCCCAGAGGAGAAAUAGGACAUCUGCCCAGAGGAAGGGCCCCUGGCCGUGCAUCCGGGCCCUGAAGGAAGGAGGGGAGCCGGGCAAACCUAGGAGCCACGGCCUCCCACCCUCCCCUGGCACAGAGAGUCUCCGUGUGCAGGAAGGCGGCAGGGCGGGCAGGGGGUGUGUUCCUAAGCCUCCGCCCUGUCUGACCUGCCUGGAGCUGCGCAGUGGGUUUCUGGGUUGUUGUUGCUCUUCUCGGUCCCCCCUCCGCCCACUGUUCUCUCUGGCCGUCGGAAGACAUAAGCGGGUCCCAUGACCGCGCUCGGGCAGCCAAGGGCAGCUGGCCAGGCCUGACUCUGGACAUUACAUAACCAGGAGGCUGUGGAUGUUUCCAAAUCAAAGCAGCAGGUUCUACCCCCCACUUAAGAGUGAGGCCCGCGGGUCUGCCUCGGGGAUGGACAGGUGCCUCCCGGGGCUGUGCACCCGCCCUCACUGCUGGGGAUGCAGACGUGAGCAGGGAGUAAAGGGGCUGGCAGUUCCCGGGGACCUGAGUGCACCCAUCUUGAACUUCUGAUUCGUCACCCUGUGUCUCCUCUCCCCGCCGGCCUGCGGUUCCUAAACGCAGGGGCCCUGCUUUCCCAGGGGCCUCCACGGCUCCUGGCCUCCAGCGCUACCCACAGGGAGGUGCUUACAGAGGUGGCUGAUGGGCCAGCUGCCACAUUAUCCAGCUCCUGAAGCAGCUCCUGUUUAGAAGGAACGUGGCCAGUGUCCCAGCAUCUGGAAAGGCCUCAGCCAUAGGGCCCUUCGGGGUGCGGAGCCCACCCCACGCUGUUAACACAGGGCAAAACCCAGGCCCGGGCGAGGGAGGGCUCCAAGGUCAGCGAGCUCCUCAGGAGUGGAACUGAGCCCAGGAAGCAGGUUCCCUAGGCUUUGAAUCUUUUCCUUAAGGCGGCUCCUUAGUGUGCGCACAGUGGGACCAUGCUCGGGACAACGCUUAGCUGUAUGAAAAAGCCCAGCAAAUGAUGCUAACUAGCUGGGGCGCAAGAAGACAAGGAAAACUGGGAAAAUAGGUCAGAGGGUAGAGUUCCUGUCCCCCGAUGAGGUUUCUGUGACCAGCACAAGCUCAAUGUAAAGCGUUGAGGAAGAAACCUCAGUUGCAACGUCAGUGGCUGCAGAAGACCCGUGGGCAUGGUUGAAACGCAAAGUCAGGGCUUGAAAGAGCCGUGAGACAGUCUGGCCCAACCCCCUCAUUGUACAGAUGGGGAGACCGAGGCCCAGCGACGGCUCCCAGGGAGCUGGCCGAGGUCUCAUGGUUACCAGGUAACGAGGCUGUCUGAUGUCUGGAUCCAAAGCCCAGACUCAGAGGAACCCCACCUGCUCAGGCUCUGGGAUGAAGCAGCCACCGUCCCCGCCCCCCUUUCCGCCCAUCCCCUGCU